AUGGCCCCCGUCGCGACGUCCACUAGGACAUCAUCCGGCUCACAACAUGCUUCGUCUGAAUACAAGGUGUGGGAAGCGCCCUUUGGCACCGGCCGCACCGUCCGCGUCCUUUGCAUAGGCGCAGGCGCAAGCGGACUCAAUCUUGCGCACCAACUCGUGCAAGACUACGGUGCUUUAACACUGUACGACAAGAAUCCAGAGGUGGCGGGUACAUGGUACGAAAACAAGUAUCCUGGCGUCCAGUGCGACAUCCCAUCAAUCAACUACCAGUACACCUGGGCGCCAAGUCCCAAGUGGAAGUCGUACUAUGCCACCGGCCCGGAAAUCUUUCGCUACUUCAAGAAUGUCGCCGUGGAACACAACCUGCUCCGUUUUGCCCGCCUUCGUCACAAGCUUGUGCAUGCACAGUGGGACGAGCAACGCAAGGUGUGGAAGGUGAAGCUGGAGCGCAACGGCGAUCCCAACGACAUAAUCGAGGAUGAGGGAGAAGUAUUGGUGAAUGCCACGGGCGUGCUCAACAAAUGGCGAUGGCCAGACCUGCCUCAUCGCGAGCGCUUCCAGGGCAAAUUGCUGCACAGCGCCAGCUACGAAGAGGGCUACUCGCUCGAGGGCAAGCGCGUCAUGGUCAUCGGUUCCGGCUCUUCUGGCGUACAGAUCAUCCCCGCCAUCUUGGACAGAGUGUCUUCGCUCGUCACGUUCGUCCGCAGCCCAACGUGGAUCACGGCUGGCUUUGCCCAGCGUUUUGCAGGCAAGGAUGGGUGCAACUUUGACUACAACGAAGAACAGCGCGAAGUCUUCAAGUCGAAUCCCAGGCUGUACCUCGACUACCGCAAGUACAUCGAGUCGGAGCUGAACACCCGCUUCCGCUUUAUUCUCAAUGGAUCCCAAGAGCAGAAGGAGGCGCGCAAGUUUGCCGAGUCAGAGAUGCGCCGCAAGCUGCAGAGCAAGCCCGAGCUACAGGAUGCCAUUAUUCCGACCAACUUUGCAGUCGGCUGUCGCCGCCCCACCCCAGGCAACGGCUACCUCGAGGCACUCUGUUCAGACAAGGUGCAGGUUGUCCGCUCCGAUAUUGCCGAAUUCACAGAGAGGGGCGUACGGGACAAAGACGGCAUCGAGCACACGGCCGACGUCAUCAUUUGCGCCACCGGUUUUGACGUCAGCUGGCGGCCGCGCUACCCGCUCAUUGGGCGUGAGGGACAUGACCUAGCCCAGGACUGGGCAAAGGGGCCAGACAACUACCUCUCGGUGACUGUGCCCUACUUCCCCAAUUACUUUACCUUUAUGGGCCCCUUUGCACCCUACGGCCACGGCUCGGUGCUGCCGAUGACGGAGCACUUUGCCAGGCACUUUUCGCAGAUGGUGGGCAAGAUGCUGGAUGAGCGGGUGCAAUCAUUUGAGCCUACGGCAGAGGCCGUCGCCGACUUUCGCGAGCACCGACAGAAGUUCCUGCCUCGAACGGCAUGGAUGUCGCCCUGCCGGUCCUGGUUCAAGCAGAGCACAGUGGAUGGCGAGGUGAUGAUGUGGCCUGGCUCGCGCAUCCACUUCUUUGAGACGAUGCAAAAGGUCCGAUGGGAAGACUACAAGAUUGAAUACUGCUCCAAGAAUCGAUUCGAGUACUUUGGCAACGGCUUCGCCACGCGCGAGACAGACGGCCGUGAUCUGUCGUACUACCUCGGUCUUCGAGACGGCAAAGACGUCCAGCCAGACUACCGUGACGAGGACAUUGACAUCUUUCUGAGCGCCUGA